CUUUCUUUCUUUCUUUCUUUUGUUGAUAGGCCCACAUACUCUGGGCUAAAUCAUGACCAUAAGGUAUGUUAUCAGCCGAAUGUGUAAUGGUAUGUGGGUGUAGUAGCGGAUGAAGGCAUGAACCCAGUUAACCACAUUUGGCACAUUAUCUGUGAUAAAGCAGGCCUCAGACUCUUGAGUGGCUGAGCUCUUCUAUGAAGCAGGAAUGGAAAAAUAUUUACCUUUCUAAACUUCAUUAGCCGCACCUUUAAUAAAAAAAAACAUAUUGACGUCAUCUAUUUUAUAAUGACUUUCUUUUUCUUUUAGUGAAACCGUUUCUCACUUUCGGAUUGGAAUGUUUUUGUGCUAUUUUCAAUUCAAUAAAGGGUCUAAAGUCGAAAGCAAGGUUGUCAAAGUGGUUAUAUUUAGUGUUAGAUGGCCAUAUUGUCUCAUCUGGCUACUGGCGAGAAACACAGCUGCCAAACUGGGACUUUGAAAUAACCUAACCUUAUGAAAUUUGGCCCUGAUGUGCACUGAAUCUAAAAUCAUAGCAGGAUAUGAAUUUAAAUGUAGCUUUCAGGAGUGUUGUGUGUCAAGCGGACCAACUUUGCCUUAUUUGUUUGAAUGCAAGUUUAAACUCUUAUGGCUUUAUAUGCAACCAGGAUUAUCAGAUUACCCGUUUCCUUUGACGUUAGCCCAAAAUUGAUCACGGCUUCGCUCAGAGCUUCCACAGAAGAGUCCUGCUGUGAGUCAGACUCAUUGUUCAAGUGUUAUGAGACAGAAUGACGGUUUCACGGGAAGAUGAAAACGACAAAGAAUGAGUAAAGAUUUUUUCCAUUUCGGCCUUAUUGCUUAUAUUAGGGAUUCACUUUUUCCUGGGGUGGGUCUGCUUCCAAAUUCAGCCUCAAAAAUGAGCAAGCUAAUAUUUUAAUUACACAAAACAAAAUGCUGGUAUUUUUCUUCCACUUAAUCCUGCAUAUGACAGAGUGAUUUCGCCUGAUAUGUCAAAACCCCAUUUGAAUUUGAGCUGUGGUAUUACGAUACCAGAGCAAACCCUUUAUCUUCAUUUCACUGCUGUAUAUGCAUCAUGAUGGCUCGGGGAGGAAAAUAGAUAAGAGAAGUACAAGUGAUAAAAAACAGCUUGUAAUAUAAUAAUAUGAUACAGUCGAUACACGAUUGGAGCCAAAGUUAGGAGAAUAGGUCAAACGAACCCUGAAACUUAUGUCAGGCUGAUAUGACAUCACCACGCUGAUUUGAUAAAUAGAAAUUCAUGGAGACGCAAAUAAUAAGAGAUAAAUAUAACCUCAAUCCUUCUCAAAUCGCAGACAAUUCACUCAUUUCCACUGGAGCAAUUUUAUGCUUGUUUUUCUUUUCUUUUUUAACACCGAGCGGCACAGAGCCAAGACCACAAAUAUGCAGACAACAGGCUCACGUCUCAUCCAUCAGGGGUGUAUCCGUCACUCAUUCAUCACAUGACAGGCAGGGAGCGUGAUGGUGCAGGAUUGUUAACAGCCAUCAAUCCCCUCCAGAAAAUCCACUCCACACAAACACACCCAAACGUGCACACACACAUUAGUGCACACACACUUGGGCAGGUGAGCAGGGCGUUCCGUUGUGGGCGAGCCAAGGAAGCAAGGACGGUACAUGUCCAAAAUGACAAAGGUUGCUUUUACACCUGUCAUGACCCGUUUAAUCAUCUACCACUUCAAACAGGAGAGUCUGGCAUUCACGGCCUCCCAGCAGCCUUUGCUCCAGCGGCUCUGGACAAGCUGCCAUUCUGUGGAGGACAGGGAGAAAAAGACCGGCGCAGCGUGAUUGAUUGGAGGAGUUCAUAGGCUGGCACCCCCAUCGCGUCUCCAGCCGCUCACGCUCCACAUGAUUGGUCCGCCUCCUGCGGCCGCAGCCACCAGAGGCGCCUCCUCUCAUAAACCUCCUCUAACUGCGGUAAACUUUCCCAUUACUUCCAAGAGAAGCAGAGGCUCACUGUUAGGAAGUUUGCUUUCGACUUAUAUGGCACACUUGUAGCAGGGUAGACCACUCCCUGGCCAUUUUUAUUUACUCCUACGGUGUAUGGAAAGUGCUCCUGGAUGGAACUGGGCGAAAACAGCUGGUCCAUGGUCAAGCGAGAAGUGUCCAGCAGCCCAGGGUCACCGGCUGAGCAGAACUACCUGCCCGGUGACAGCAGGAGGGACGGCACCACCUCGGAUGAGCUGAGGACACCUCCGAACGAGCUUGACGCGCUAGGGCACCGUCGCUCCGACAGCAGAUCCCUGCACUCCUACCUUCACUUCGGACACCAUAACAACACCCUGACCACUACCGAGGAUAUCCCGCUGUUUACGGAUUUAGACCAGGGGAGCAAACUCGUCCUCUCCACCGGAGCACACAAGACAAGCUUGCUGGUGGACCCGGCCGACAUGUACCAAACACUGGCCAUUGCGGCCCAGAGCCAGACUGGAUAUGAUUCGAGUUCUGGUGGUUAUAUGCACUCCAACCCUAACUCCCCAGUGUAUGUCCCUAGCUCGCGGGUGGGCACCAUGAUCCCCAGUCUGUCUUAUCUGCCGGCCAACGUGUCUGCUCAGCCCGGCCACGCCGUCUCCAGUCACUCGGUGUGGUCACAGUCCACCCCGGAGAGCCCUUCGUACAGCACCGGGAGCCCGCACGCCUCCAGUCGUUUUCACUACCCUCCAAGCCCACCCAUCAAUAACGGGACCCCCAGGGACACGGGCUACAGUAACACACUGAAUAUGAGCAGCAGAGACCAGUACAGCCUUUCUCGUCCCCUCAGCGGGCCCUACCCGAGCCCAUACUCCCCGUACGUUGCACCCCAGCUACCCUCGCCUUGGCCCGGGGCACCUUUUGAUAACACGAUGCUCCACACCUUGCAAAGCAGGAGUGCGCCCUUGAUUCGAGGACCAAAUGGAGUUUCAGAUAUUCUGGACGACAUGGGGGAGAGCAGAGAGUGCGUGAACUGCGGCUCCAUCUCCACGCCGCUGUGGAGGCGCGAUGGCACGGGCCACUUUCUCUGCAACGCCUGCGGCCUCUAUAGCAAAAUGAAUGGUCUGAGCCGGCCAUUAAUUAAACCACCGAAACGGACGUCAACGUCCAGAAGAAUCGGCCUUUCCUGCGCCAACUGUCAAACCAGUACCACCACUCUGUGGCGCAGAAACGCGGAGGGAGAGCCGGUGUGUAACGCGUGCGGCCUCUACACAAAAUUACACGGAGUACCUCGGCCGCUCGCCAUGAAGAAAGAGGGAAUCCAGACGAGAAAAAGAAAACCGAAAACUUUGAAUAAAGCAAAGGGAUCCUCUGGAAGUAGCAACUCUGUCUCCAUGACUCCUACAUCCACCUCUUCAUCCAAUUCCGAAGACUGCUCGAAAACCAGCUCUCCCUCUGGACAAGUGUCAGGGAUCAGUUCAUCUGUGCUGUCCAGCUCCGGGGAGGGAGCAGGCUCGGGCUCGUCCGUCAAGUACUCCGGACAGGACGGCCUGUACGGCAGCGUGGGCUUGACCCAGUCAUCGGACGUGGCUUCAGUGAGAGGCGAACCCUGGUGCCCCAUGGCCUUAGCCUGAACAUUUUAACCUUCUGGGCGGACAGAGACCCCCGGCCCCUCGUGUCUGGAUGCUGUGUAUAGUGGAAGUAUUUGGGUGCAGUGUUGGUUUCCUUCCCUCUCAGCUGAUGCAAGAAGAGUUGGACGAGAGGGGGAAAGAAGUUUGAGAUGACCUUAAGUCAGACUAGAAGCUUGAAUCAAGCAUGGAGUAUCUGCGAUCAGGUUCCAGAUUGAUGUCAGGGUCUUUUUUUUAUUUUUUGCCUUAAAAUACAACAACAUCAACAACAAAAGGGAAACGCCAGGCCAAAUGAUCAAUUAGGUGGCCUGCUAUGGAUGGUUGCUGGACCUGCACUCGGUAUCUCUCCCAUCCGUGGCACACAGAACCAAAUCUGGGUUCCUUAAAGAAAGCCAUCUUGUACAUAAUGGAUUUCUCUUUGAAGAUGUUGAUUGGAUAUCAGUGCUUCACACAAGCACUCAACUCUUUGUGGACUUUUUUUGAUUUUUUGUUUUUUUCCAAAACUGGAAUCAUGCCAUAAGUGCCGAGACAACUUACAUGAAUCAAAAGAAAGAAAAAUAUUUAUAAAUCUUCCAUAGUUGAAAAACAUGUCUAUGAUUGUUAAUAAAGAUAUCAAUAUAGAGUAGAAGUUAAACCAUUCUGAUGUCUUCUUUUCUAUUCUCUGUCUCUCGAUAAGCGGUAGUACAGUAGUGUUGAAUGUGCACGUUUUCCACUGAAAGCUCUUACUUACUGUAUUUGACUGAAACUAGUUUGGUUUAAACAGGGUAUAAAUGACUAUAUCACAUCGUGUUGUGUUUAAUCAUUUUAAAAAAAGAGAGAAAAAGAUGCAAAAACAAUCAACUUCUUGAGACUUAAUUUUUGACAUGAGAACACUGUCGGCCAACGGGCAGCAUUACGGUACUACUUCUACAAAAUCUCGCACAUGUAAAGCAGUUGGAUGGCUUGUUUGAACAAAGAACGCCCAGAAUAGCUGUAGGACCCUCUGACCUUUAUGUUCUUACACAUAAACUGCAAACGAAGGCUGCUGGCCGCGCUACCUGACUCACUAUAAACUGUAUACCCUUCAUAAUAAUAACAUGUGCUGUUGCAUCAUAUUUCAGCCAAAAUUAGACCAAAGUGUAGCGUGAGGUCACCUCUGAACAAAUCUGUGCUCACUGUGAUGACUGUGAUGAAUCGCUGUAAUGAUUAAAAGGAGAAUUGUUAAUGUAACAUGUUCUUAUGAAGCUCACAGGUCAUGCCAAAUCAUGAAUUUGAGAAGCCUUUUUGAUUUUUCAUUUUUUUUGCAUGACCUAAGCAAGUGGUGUGGGAGCUUCAAGAGCUAUUUCAGGUUUUAAAAAACAAAAAACCCUCCCCCCCACCCUCACCCGAAGAGACUGAAUACUGAAGGCUGAUAAGUUACAUGUAAAUGUUAGCACAAAGAGUUUUUUUUUCUUUGCUUUUGUUCACAACUUGCUUCAUCCUAAAAAAAGAGCAUGUCAUUCACGCAACCGGACUUAUUUAUUUUUCUGAAAUAACAUGUUUUCUUUUUGUUUUACUAUUUUUUUUUUUAACAUUAUGAGAAAUUAUUUAAAUUCAAUCCAAUAAAUUGUUCUGGUGAUGCAAAUAAAUCUGCAGUUUGUUUUUAAAAGAAGAGCAAAACGCGUCAGUGUUUUGGAAAUUACGGAAAGAACCACCUUCUGCAUAUUUUUGUGUGAGUCAUUCCCAUCUAUACUUUAACUCCCCGUUUCUCCUUGGCUGAACAGAUACCAGAGGGCUUUAUUUUCUCAGAUGUUUUCACAACUGGGAGGAAAGAAGAAGACAUCACGGCCAGCUAAUGCAAGACAAGAAUUUUGCCUAAAAGUUGCACAGCAAGACUUAUCCAGCUUUUUUUUCUGGGUGAUUUCACCAAACCACACCUUUGUCCUUUCUGGUAACGUUUUCACUCGAGACUUUUCCUUUUCUUCGGGCCCCUGUGGGCUUAAAGAACAAUCCACUUUCCUGUGUCCUCUUGAACCAGCAGCUCAAAGUACCUGUCACAAUGUUUACUGUACUUAAGAGAAUAUGGCCUGUGAGUAAUUCCACAUGAAAAGAUUUUAGAGAUGGUUAGGAUUUAUGCCUGAGCUUAGCGUUAUCUGUCUGCUCUUUGACAUAUUGAUUCAGCUAAGUUUAUUGAGUGUGGAGGAAUGCGUGGCACUGCGUAACAGACAAAUCCACAGUUUUCAGGUGAACGGUUAUUGCACCUAUUUUUCUUACUUGACUUUUGACAUCAGAUCGGAAUGACACUAUUUUUCACUAUUUCCUUCAUAUCCAUCACAAUAUUUGCUUUUUUUCUUUAAAUUUUACUUGUGUGUUCAAACUGAAUGGAAAAGCACGGCUUGUGAUGAUUUGCUGCUGAGUGUUAUAUAAAACCCAAUUUGUCCACCGAGACCACCGGGCAUUAAGUCCUCGAGCUUCCAACGAGAUAAAUUACAAAAGCACCUUUAGAUAUGUAAAUGCAAACUACUGUUGAGCUCAAAACACAGGCAAAUAUUUAUGGGUAUCUGAAUUUAUGAGGAGGUCCUAGCUUGGCACUGUAUCCAUGGUGCUACGAGGGAGGAAAUAUAAACACGGCAGCGCAGA